CUUUACUGCAACAUCAUACAUCUCAACCAAUACUAGAGACUUUUUUUUUCGGUUCAGCCUCCACAAUCGCGUUCACCCUCACACCCGCAUCCACACCCAUACAAUUUCAAGGGAGGCUCUGAGACUGCCAUCAAUAUGGCCGCGACUAAUGGUGAUGCAGCAGUUUUGGAUGAAAUUAAGCCCCCUCAGGGUAUAGUCUUGCCACCCAGGGAAUUCAGAACUAUCCUCGAGAAGACCGCCGGAUUCGUCGCCCGAAAUGGCCUCGCAUUUGAAGAUCGCAUCCGAGAGAAAGAGAAACAUAACCCGAAAUUCAGUUUCCUUAGCAAUGCCGAUCCUUACAACCCUUUCUAUCUGUGGAGAUUGAGCGAGAUCAGGGAAGGUCGCGGCACUGCUGUCGCUGCUGGCCGAGCAGGUGAAGCUGCUGCUGUUGUUGAGACGAAACCCGAGGGCCCUCCUAAGCCUCCUGACUUCCAAUUCUCUGCGCGUAUGCCCAACAUCAGCGCCCAGGAUCUCGAGGUCGUGAAGCUGACUGCUCUGUUUGUUGCAAAGAAUGGCAGACAGUUCAUGACCGCUCUCUCCCAACGGGAGGCUGGCAACUACCAGUUUGACUUUUUACGGCCCAACCACAGUCUUCACAAUUUCUUCCAGCAUUUGAUCGAUCAGUACUCCAUGCUACUACGAGCCGGUGGAAUUGAUGGCGAAGGGGGAAAGGUCCAGCAGGAGAGGAUCGCUGAAUUACGCCGUAAUGUCGAUGACAAAUUCCACAUCCUAAACCGAGCCAAGCAAAGAGCAGAGUGGCUGAAGCAUCAGGAGGAUGAGAAGCAAAAGAAGGAAGAGGACGAGGAGAAGGAACGUUUAUCGUACGCCCAGAUCGAUUGGCACGACUUUGUUGUUGUCGAGACAGUCGUCUUUACCGAGGCUGAUGACCAAGCCAACCUACCCCCGCCAACCUCUCUUUCUGAACUACAAUAUGCUUCGCUUGAACAGAAGGCCAAUAUUUCCAUCAGUGCUAACCUACGUAUUGAGGAAGCUAUGCCGACAGACGACGAUAACGCAUAUACCGGAUAUGGGGUGCCGGCUAAUUAUAACCUUCCUCAUCAUCCUGCACAACCAGCCCAACCGCACCCGUCAGUCCCCACGCCUCCCCAAGCUGCCUAUCAGAUGGCUCCACCUCCACGCCCGAACGGUGUCCAGGAAGAUGAGGAGGCACAACGGAUACGCGAAAGAGAGGAGGCUCGAAUGCGGAUGCAACAUGCGCAGGCUGAAGCAAAGGGUGGUGCUGCUCCUAUGAAGAUUAAAGAAAACUACGUUCCUCGUGCUGCUGCGCGAGCCGCUAAUCGUCAAGGGACACAAAUGGCUCUCUGCCCGAACUGUCACCAGCAAAUUCCGAUGAACGAGCUAGAGGCACAUAUGAGGAUUGAGCUACUCGAUCCCCAAUGGAAAGAGCAGAAAGCGAAGGCCGAGUCUCGAUAUGCUACUACGAAUUUGUCGCACUCCGACGUUGCUAACAACUUGAAACGAUUCGCAAGCCAGAGAGGUGACUUGUUUGACGGCGUUACUGGGCAACCUAUCACGGAGGAGGAAGCGGCGAGAAGGAAGCGGACAGCAUUGAACAGCUUCGACGGCAAUCCUGACCCCAGAAGCCAAGCACAUAUCAACCAUAUGCAGAGCGUGAAUGUCGACGAACAGAUCGCACGGAUUCAUCAGAGGUUUGCCAAGGAUAAUCAGGGUCACUAAUUCUCAGUGACUAGAUCGUCUUAGCUAUGUUUUUAGGUGCUACGCGCAAGGAGCUAUUUGUGGAUGGGAGGUUACGAGCCGGGUAUCAUGCAGCACUGAGAUAGGGUGAAACCUCUCCGUCGCUGAUCCUUACAGAGCUUCUCUAGUCCCUCCUUUUGCCAUCAUCUUGCGCGUGUGGAGGCGAGGCAGGAAUAUGAUAGGGGUUCUUUAAAA